UCGUCCUCCUCCAUCAUCCAUCCAUCGGAACCUCGACUUCUCCGUCGGUCUCUCGACUGAAUUGAAUCAUUACCGUGUCUCUGUAACCAUGGCCGUCAAGAAGAGCGUGAGUUCCCUGAAGGAGGCAGAUCUGAAGGGAAAGAGAGUCUUCGUCAGGGUGGAUCUCAACGUUCCAUUGGACGAUAGCUUGAAAAUCACCGAUGACACCAGAGUCCGCGCCGCCGUCCCCACCAUCAAGUACCUCAUGGGAUACGGAGCUCGUGUUAUCCUCUCUUCUCAUCUCGGUCGCCCGAAAGGGGUCACACCAAAGUACAGCUUGAAACCUCUCGUGCCUAGAUUGUCUGAACUCCUUGGCAUUGAGGUCAAGAUGGCCAAUGGUUGCAUUGGUGAGGAAGUGGAGAAAUUGGUUGCUCAAAUCCCAGAUGGUGGUGUUUUGCUUCUGGAAAAUGUGAGAUUCUACAAAGAGGAAGAGAAGAAUGAUCCCGAGUUUGCAAAGAAGCUUGCCUCCCUUGCAGAUUUGUAUGUUAACGAUGCAUUCGGAACUGCCCAUAGAGCUCAUGCUUCCACAGAGGGAGUUGCCAAGUUCUUGAAACCGGCUGUUGCUGGAUUCCUUAUGCAGAAGGAGCUUGACUAUUUAGUUGGAGCUGUGACUAGCCCUAAGAAGCCAUUUGCUGCCAUUGUUGGUGGAUCAAAAGUGUCCACUAAAAUUGCUGUGAUUGAGUCACUGUUGGAAAAGGUUGACUUGCUAUUGCUGGGUGGAGGGAUGAUCUUCACUUUCUACAAGGCUCAAGGACACAAUGUUGGGUCCUCUCUCCUGGAGGAGGACAAGCUUGACCUAGCCACUUCUCUCAUUGAGAAGGCCAAGGCUAAAGGAGUCUCAUUGCUGCUUCCUACUGAUGUUGUGGUCGCUGACAAGUUUUCUGCUGAUGCUAACAGCAAGAAGGUUAGCGCUACUGAAAUUCCUGAUGGGUGGAUGGGGUUAGAUGUUGGACCUGACACAAUCAAGUCUUUUGGUGAAGCUUUGGAUGCCACCCAAACUAUCAUAUGGAAUGGGCCUAUGGGUGUGUUUGAGUUUGACAAGUUUGCUGCCGGGACUGAGGCCAUAGCAAAGAAAUUGGCAGAGCUUAGCGGGAAGGGAGUGACAACAAUCAUUGGAGGGGGAGAUUCUGUUGCAGCGGUCGAGAAGGUUGGGCUUGCAGAAAAGAUGAGCCAUAUCUCAACGGGAGGCGGUGCUAGCCUUGAGCUGCUCGAGGGGAAAAUGCUCCCCGGUGUUCUUGCACUUGAUGAUGCUUGAUUGAGAGCACCUGGGGUUUUGUUUCUCUCAUUUUCAUUACUUUUUCUUGGCUUUCUCCUUUUGGUUUUUUACCCACCAGAGGUGGGUAGUAUUAGGCUCUCUAAGAUAGUAAGUGGUUUAAUGUUUGAAUAAACUUUGCAGCCAAUUUUCUUGGCUUCAUUUUUCAAGACAUGUGGCUUUUGCACAUCACACAUCUGGUGUUUUUAUACUCCAACAAUAAAUUCACAUAUAUCUU